AUGACAGUAGUUCCAUCAGAUAUUAAUUUAAUAACCAACAAAUUAUCAACUAUUGAUAAAGAAAAAGAUAAUGAAAUAAGUAACGAGGCAAACAUAACAAGAAAAGAAUCCGAAAAUGACAAAGAAAAUAUCAUUGAAGAAAGUGGAGGAUAUAGCUUGAUUGGGAAUGAUAACAAAUAUUAUGUCCAAAUAUACAACAAAUUUUGGCCUUAUCGAGCGCUUAAAAUCAUAAAUUGGUUUUUAUUGUUAUUGUUGGCUGUUGGAUCAGUUGUGACUGAAAAAAAUAGGCUUAUAUGGUCUGGCACUUAUUGGGCAACAGGAGAGCGUUAUGACAAUAACAUUGAUGGUUCAUUUGCCUCAGGUCAAGUAAUUCUGGCUGUGUUUGGCUUAAUUACCUUAAUUGUCCAUUGUUUUGCCAAAAAAUUAUUUAAAGCUGCAGUUUCUUCAUUAAUGGUAAUAAAUUAA